CAUCCUCCGCCUCCCCCAUCCACACCCACUUCCCCCGCCACAACCUCAGCAGUAGCCAAUAACUGCUCUAAAUACAACUCCUGGACCGCCGGUAGGUUAGAUCGACAACCUAGGGCGAGUUUGAUUUGCGCAUCAGAGACGAGGUCCUGUUUGUGAGCGAGAGCGGUAUCAGGCCGAGUGCAGCGCGCGCGACGGGCGCGGUAUGGUAGUGUUACUACCAUGAGUAAUAAUGAGAAGGACGUUUAUGAAGUAGUGGACGCGGACUCCUCCUCUCAGCCGACAGAAGAAUCACCGAGUAGGACCACGAAUUCCGUGAUGCACUCGCCCACGCAGCAGCGUCCUGUCAGUCGCGGAUUAGUGCGGCCGCCUGCGGGGGCGUCGCUGUUGAGGAAUUAUUCGAAGCGACCGAGUGACGCUACACGGAUUGCAAAACCUCAACCUCGCCACCUUAUUUCACCCUUCACCCCGCUCAACACGCUAGACCGAAGCAUAGGCGGGAUAGUAAGCAAAGCCAAGCGAGCGACAAAGUCGGUCGCGAACUCGACCGGGUUUCAUAAUUUCGAUAGUGGACGGAAACGAAAGCAUGAGGAGAUGAAGCCCCGGGGUGGGACAGCUGCGACGGCGGGAGCGGGGAGGCAGGUUAAGAAAGAGGGGCCGAUUCAGCUUGAUAGUGAAGAUGAAGAAGCGUCGCCGCCGAAGAAUAAGCAGUCGAGAGAGGCGGGGGAGGAGGAGGAGUAUUCGGUGCCGGUGAGGAUAGCGUACGAAGACAGGGUAGUCAACGCGCCAAAGACUCCGACUCCAAAGAAAGCAGCUGCGACGCCGCCGUCAAAGAUUAACAAAAAUUUCAGAGCGGUCGAGUUCGAGAUCGAGAACCUGGUCUUUGGUCUUUCCGGAAAAUACAGUAACGCGCCGGAUCUCCGGUUCCAGCUGAUGAUCACGCCGAAACGGUCAGAGAGCGUAGUGCACAUCUUACAAGCGCACAAGGAGAUCCCAGACAUGACCUUCCGCCACGACGAGAUCGACCGGAUAAAUUACUGUCUGGACUCACUCGACAUCGCAAUCAAGCUGUGCGUGCGCAAGACGUCGACUCAUUUCGAGACGAGCGCGGAUACGGUGCUGUUCAAGAUCAGGAUCCCGGAGACGGCGACGUCGAUGGCGAAUUACGCGAUUAAGAAUAUCGAGGAUCUGUCGGAGGUGUUUAAGACUAAAGAUCUCCGGCCGGAUGAAAUGGAGCGGUUCAGACGCACGCCGCGGCCGAGUCGGCGGCGGUCGUUGGUCGAUGAUCGGGAGGAGCAGAGUGAGCCGACAAAGUCGCCGUAUUUUGCUGGAGAUGGUGAGAAGACAGGGGAGCAAAAAAGUCCUGCUGAGACGAAGCAACUCAAGAAAUAUGGCUCGAGUACCCGAAAACUGAUCGACGACGACCUGAGCAGUUUUGUUCCAAAAGGGUGGGAAAAACCCAGCACAUCCUCGACACGGGUGACGAGACGGAGUAGCGGCGCGUUGAAGGCAUCUACAUGGGCCACCACCGAUCUCGCAAACUACGAUCUGUCGGAAGACACGGCCAUGAGCACGCGCAGCCAACCUACGCGGAAGAAGCUGGUUAUGGGCGAGCCGCCGCUAGACUACCGGUUCGGGAACAAGACGACUGUAGUCUCGCAGGACGAUUUCAGCCGGCUUGACGACGGCGAGUUUUUGAACGACACGAUUCUUGAUUUUUAUCUAAAGUACACUAUCGCGGAGCUGCAGGUUCACAAGCCUGAUGUCGCGAAGGCGACGUUUGUGUUUAACUCGUUCUUUUACAAGAAAUUGACGGAGCGGGUGAAUGGUGGCAAAAGCGGGUUCGAGAGCGUGAAGAAGUGGACUACGAAGGUUGAUAUUUUUAGCAUGAAGUAUGUGGUUAUUCCGAUCAACGAGAAAGCACAUUGGUACGUCGCGAUUCUGUGCAACCUGGAUAAGCUUGUGGACGGCGCGAGUAAGAAGACAGAGGCGGAGGAGGCCGGGAGUGUGUCGGAGGAUGUCAGAUCGGAUUCGGUGGAGGUUGACGUGGUUGAUAUCGACCUGCCGACGUCGAGAUCUGGGAUCAAGCGGUCUUUAUCGUCGACGAUCAAGAAAGCGAAGGUAGCGCCGAGUUCAGCUGACGAUCCGACAAUCUAUGUCCUAGACUCGCUAGGUCUUCGACACAACACCAUCUUCCGGCCGCUGCGGGACUACCUCGUCGCGGAAGCCAAGGACAAGAGAGGCCUGACGAUCGACCGCGACGACAUCAAGUCCAAACACGGGUUCGCACCCACCCAGCCCAACUACUGCGACUGCGGCGUGUACGUGGCGCACUACGUCGAGGCGUUUCUGUCAAAGCCGGACGCGUUUCUGCAGCUGUGGGUCGAUAGCGUGAAUCCGAAGAAGACGGUGGAGAGUCAGCUGCUCAAGUUGUUUGAUGUUAAUAAGUUGAAUAAUAAGAGGGAGUAUAUACAGCGGCUGAUUCUUAGGUUGAGGAGGGAGGUCACGGGGGUGGGAACGUCGCCUUCGCCCGAGCCGACGGAGGCGGAGAAGAGUGCGGCGAAGGGUGAGGUGGAGGAAGUUAAGGAGAUAGAGAGGUCAGGAGACGCAGAGGAGAGCAAGAGCGGUAAAGAAGACAGCAGGGAGAUAGAGGAAAUCACGCAAGACGAUAAGGAGACAACGACAGACAAAGGGGAUGAAGAGAGUACAUCUGGCCCGGAAGUGUCAACUGAUGCGGCUCAUGACGUGGAGGCUCAUGACGUGGACGAGGACAAGUUGACAACAGAGAGGCAGGAUACGGAGACGGGUACGGAAACAAACGUUGAAGAUACAGCUACAGAGGAUGCGCCGAACAAAGACAGAUCAGAGGACCACGAGGCGAUGAGCAUCGACAGCGAGACAGUAGCAGAAGAGGCCGAUAAGAUCAUCGAGGCGGUUGAGAACGCGUCGAGGAUGGAGGUCGAUGUCGAUGUCGAUGCGGCGGCACCUCUAGAAGAGAGUCUUUUAGACUCGUCGACGACGGAGGAUGGAGAGGGUCGAUAGAGUGUUGGUUUGUUAUGACUAUGCGGUGGGGUGUGGGUGUUGGUAAGGACCGAUCAUGUGGGUUCUGAGUUGUCUUUGUCUGGUUGCGAUCUUUUGUGUUUCCGUUUGGCUCGCUGCUGUGUAGAUUAGAGGUCUUGCUGCUGCUUAUAUAUUAUAUAUUACAUAUUACAUACAGAGUAAAUACUGCA